GGAAAAUAUAAAAACAAAGGAGAAAAGAGACAUUGGCCAAUUGGUUUUCACUUUCAGUCAUUAAAAGGAAAUAAGUAUCCAUUAUAGCCUUCCUGUCAAUUUAAUUUUCUCACUCUUUAUUUUUCCUUGAAAGUUUCUCAUUGUGUUUGGAAAGUUGCAUCCAUUAUUCAUCAUGGUGGGGCUACUUAACUCAGCAAGGGAAUCAAGCAGAGAAAGAGAAGAAAAUGUGAAGACGGGAGGGGGAGAGAGGAUUGGGAAAACAGUAAGAUAAAAACAAACCAUGCACUUUUCCUCUUCUCUCCUUUUGAGACUCAAAUUGAACUGUUUUGCUUUUCUGUUUUUUGCUGCAUCAGAGAUUCUCUCAAUCCACCCCCCCCCCCUUUCAAGUCAAAGAAGAAAGAAGAAAAAUUAAAUAAAAAAAAAGGUUAUCAGAGAUGAGAAAAAGGAGGAGCCACAGCUCAUGGCAUAUAUUCCCUCCCCAACACAACCCCACCUAUGUUUCCUGAUAUGGAGUAAGAUCAUAGGACAGCCCAACAACUCCAAAAUUUAUAAAGAGAACUACAGCUGCUGCAUAUUGAAAGCAUAGCCAACUAAAAAGGGAUCAAAACCCACAUAUGAGUUUCAGUUUUCUACCUCCCUCUGCCUAUCUCUCUUACACAACACAAAAAACAUGGGUCUGCUAAAUAUGCAAACCCAAAACAUGAAUUUGGUUCUGUCAGCUGAUGCAAAGCCUAGGCUAAAGUGGACACCUGAACUUCAUCAAAGAUUUGUUGAAGCGAUCAAUCAACUUGGAGGGGCAGACAAAGCAACACCAAAGAGUCUGAUGAGAGUCAUGGGAAUUUCUGGACUCACUUUGUAUCAUCUUAAAAGCCAUUUACAGAAAUACAGGCUAGGGAAAAGCCAACAGGCAGAAAACUGCCUUAGCAAUAAACAAGAUGAUUACAGAGAGAUCCAGAGCAGCAAUGGGAAUUUCAGUAGUGACAUGAGUGAUGGAACUCAAAACCAGACGAAUGAAAGCUUGCAGAUUGCUCAGGCUCUCCAAAUGCAGAUGGAAGUGCAGAUGAAGCUUCAUGAACAGAUUGAGGUCCAGAGACAUUUACAGCUAAGAAUUGAAGCUCAAGGAAAAUACUUGCAAACUGUAUUAAAGAAAGCCCAAGAAACACUGACUGGGUAUACCUCCUCGUCUGUUGGUGUAGAACUUGCUAAAGCUGAACUCUCUCAACUAGUCUCAAUGGUUAACACUGGCUGCACAAGUUCGUCACAUUCAGAAUUGACAGAAGUAGGAGGUUCAAGCUUAAAAGAAAUAGAAAGAAAGCCAAUGAGAGGUACCAUAUGUUCCAUGGAUAGCUCAUUGACAUCUUCUGAAAGCUUGGGGCAUAAGGACGAGGAUCCACCAAAAAAUGAGAAUAUUUGUACCCGGAUUUCUAAUUCUUUAGUUGAACUUUCCUUUAUGGACAUUCACCCAGAAAAGAAGCCUUUGAUUAGUGGUUCAAGCAAUCGAGCUAAUGGAAAGAAAAGAAGUAGGAGUAACAUUUCUGAUGGUAUAUGUGUUGAGCAACCACUAGCUAAAAGGUUAGAGCUUCUUGAGGAGGAAACUGGUAGUCGAUUGAGAGAGUCUGGAUUGUUGGGGUCAUUUGAUCUCAACAGCCAAUGCCACAAUGACAUUGAAUCAGGUUCAAAAGCGAUAGACUUGAACUGCUGGGAAUAGAUCAGCUC